GCCAUGAUAGACGUGAGGACAACCUCUCAUUUUGUUUUCGGAAACAUGAACUUGCCUUUGUCAAAAUCAAAUCAUCUGCUAACAGCAUCUCGUUCUCUCUUUUGGCCCUUUCUCUCUCUCCCCUCCCAAAACUCCAAACUUUUUUUUUUCCCCCAUGAAACCUUAAUGCUCCUUCCUUCCUGCCCAGAAGGCCAACACUCAUCAUCUUUGAUUAAAUCUCAUUCAGUUGAAAAAUAAUCUCAUACGAAAAGCCUUAUUGGAAAAAUCAAUCAAAAAAUUAGAGAAAGGGUUUGUAUAUUUUGAUAAUGUCAAGCAAGCUGAAGAAGGCCAUUGGUGCAGUGAAAGAUCAAACCAGCAUUAGCCUUGCAAAAGUUGCUAGCAACAACACAUCCAACCUUGAGGUUGCCGUUCUCAAAGCAACCACCCACGAUGAUCUCCCGAUCGAAGAACGAUACGUUUACGAAAUCCUCCAGCUCGUCUCCUCCAACAAAGCCUAUGCCGCAGCCUGCGCCCGAGCCCUAGGUAAACGUAUCGGCCGGACGCGAAACUGGAUCGUCGCCCUCAAGUCGUUGAUGCUCGUCCUUCGAAUAUUCCAAGAUGGCGAUCCGUAUUUCCCUCGAGAAAUUCUUCACGCGAUGAAAAGGGGCGCCAAGAUCCUCAACCUGUCGAGCUUUCGCGAUGACUCCAAUUCUAGCCCUUGGGAUUUCACAGCAUUUGUCAGGACAUUCGCCCUGUACCUUGAUGAGAGGCUGGAUUGUUUCCUAACAGGGAAGUUACAAAGAAGAUACACACACAAAGUAAGGGAAGCUUCGGGCCAUAGAAACCGAAGAUCAAACGAGCCCGUACGCGAUAUGAAACCGACAAUGCUGCUUGAUCGGAUAUCAUACUGGCAGAGAUUGCUGGAAAGAGCAAUCGCAACAAAGCCAACGGGCGCAGCCAAGACGAAUCGAUUGGUACAAAUCUGUUUAUACGCGAUCGUGCAGGAGAGUUUCGACUUGUAUAAAGACAUCUCUGAUGGACUUGCGCUUCUCCUGGAUAGUUUUUUCCAUUUACAAUAUCAGAAUUGUGUCAGUGCAUUCCAAACUUGUGUCAAGGCAUCAAAACUGUUUGAGGAGCUUAGUGCAUUUUAUGCAUUGUGCAAGAGCAUAGGGGUUGGGAGAACCUCGGAAUAUCCUAGUGUUCAGACCAUAUCAGAAGAACUGAUCGAAACAUUACAAGAAUUCUUGAAAGACCAAUCCUCAUUUCCAGCAACAACCAAAUCACCAAACAGGCUAUUGCUCAUGCCUGCACCACCUGAUCCUGAUCCGACAUCGAAAUCCAGGAACGAGAGCUAUGGAGGGCUAUCAGAAUUCUCUCUUGCAACAACAGAAUACUCAGAAAGGUCAUCUGAAUUUGGUUCGCAAUGCACGUCGUUGGAAGAUCUGAUUAGCGCGACGGAAAAAGCCGGCACGCAUCCGUCUAUCUCGAUAGACCUGGAGGACUAUUCUGAUCAGUUUGAGAAACAACUAAACCGGGAUAAAUCAUUCAGGUUGAGUGAUUCUGGAUCAACACAUUCAUUGCCUGUUUCGAGCUCCAUGGCUGAUUUCGUAUCAUUAGAUGAUUGGCCUGAAGGAGAUGAAGAAGAAACAGAAAAUCAACAACAACAACAGCAACCUGAACAGGGGAUACAACAACAAGAAGUAGAACCAUCGUCUUCUUCAUCAGCCAAAGGUUGGGAACUUGUAUUAGCAGAGGUGAUCACAGCAACAACAACAACAACCAAACCAUUAUCGCCUGGCGACGCCAGCGGAUUCAACGCUUUCCAAGAACAAGAUCAACAACAAGAAUUUCAACCAACAGGUUGGGAAGUGGCCAUAGUUAGUGCUACUCCGAAUCCUCCACAGCCUUCUCAGCCCAAGAAUGAAGAACCCUUCAGCUCAUCGAUUUUAGACAGUUUAUAUAGCCAAAGUUCGAUCCGAACAACAACAUCAUCAUCAUCAGCGCCGCCGAAUCAUUACAAUCCCUUUUUACAAGACGCUGAUGAAGUUUCGCCGGUGCCAUUUACAGGGCUUACAAACGCCACAACCACCGCGACAACACAGGUCGAUUUUCAGUUCGGUUUUCCGGUGGACCACGGGUUUUCAACUUCACCUGGAGGAGGAGGAGGAUUUCAGGCAUUUGAGCCUACGUUUCAAGCUACUCCGCCAACAUUCUCUGCUCAAAAUCCCAGUGGUUCCACAAUAGUACCUCAAGUUGAGAAUGAUCCUUUUGCCGAUUUAUUUGCGAGUACUAAUGUAAAUCUUACUAGUAGUGGUUCAAUGGAUCAACAAAAUUUGGUUCAAGAACAACAGUUGUGGUUGCAAAACCAAAACAAGAUUAUUGCAAAAUACAUGGCUUGAUUUGCACAAUGUAUUCAGCUACCAAGUAAACUUCUCUCAUUAGUUGUACAUAUAUACUAGCAUAAUAUGCAUCACCUUUAUCAUGUUAGUUAAUUUCAUGCAACAAAAUGAUUAUAUA